AUGCACGAGCUACGCGCACAAUGUGCAGCAAGGUUCCUGCAUGACGGUGGCAAGGCAUCUCCUGUGCUGGCGGUCAAGGACCAAAAGCGCACUAAGGUUAUCACCGAAGCUGAAGAGCCGAUCGCGGUUCCCGUCGUGGUGGCAUCUCCGAAGCGCGAGCCGAGGCGCACCUCGUCGCCCCAGCCAGUGCGAUUUGCUACUCCGGGAUCAAGCAGUGCGCCUACGUCGUCGCUGUUCUCCUCGCCGGCGUCGCAAGACAAGGCUCCGUCGGCCUCGGCGGGCUUCUCCUUCGCUGGUGGCUUCCAGCGAGCCGGCCAGCCCACAGAGAAUCGGUUCUCCGUGGCACACGCCGAGGCACAAAAGAAGGAAUCGGAGACGACAACGGAGCCAGAGUCCAGCAAGCCUGCCGCGUUCUCCUUCGGCCCUGCUCCUCCCGGUGGUUUCUCGUUUAGCUCGGCGACCGAAAGCCUCAGGACCGAGCCCACUACAACCUUCGGAGAACAGCCUAAUUCUGAGGCGAGCAAGCCCGCUGAAUUCGCCUCCGGCUCUGCUUCGGGCGGCCGCUCCUUCCUCGCUAAAGGAGGCUUGGUCUCAAGUGGGGCGAAGGCCUCUGCACCCGUGAGUGACGGCUUCGCAUUCGGCAAGAGCGAAACCGCCACCGAGGCGACCCCUCUCACGAAGCCGAGCACGUCGACUGGCUUUUCCUUCGGCGGAACGCCUUCCUCUGGUGGCUUCUCCUUCGGCGGUGCCGCCAAGCCCGAGAGUUCGGCCACGAGCGGAACAGCAGCAAGCACCUCCGCGCCGUCGAGCGGCGGCUUUGCCUUUGGCCAGAGCGACACGGCAGGAACGACAGCAGCCAUGCCAGAGCCCAGUUCAUCGGCCGGGUUCUCCUUCGGCGGGGCUUCUGUCGGAGGCUUUUCGUUUGCCAGUGCACCUAAGAGUUCGUCGGACACGAGCGGGUGGAAGUGCGCGUGCUGCGAGGGCGACAAUCCCGAGUCGGCGACGGCCUGCAGUGUGUGCAUGGUCCCACGUCCGGCUGGCGCCAAGACAACCGGCACGGAAAACACGACAGCCGCAACGUCUGACAGCGCUGAAUCAGAUACGCCAGAGGCCAGUAAGCCUGCCGGGUUCGCCUCCGGCUCGGCGUCGUCGAGCGGCAGCUUCUCUUUCGGUGCUGCCCCAGCAAGUGGAGGAUUUGCGUUCGGCCAGAGCGGAACAGCAGCAAGCACCUCCGCGCCGUCGAGCGGCGGCUUUGUCUUCGGCCAAUCGACAUCGCCUGCAGCCACGCCGGAAGCAGAACCGACUUCGUCGAGCGGGUUCUCCUUCGGAGGGGCUACAUCCUCUGGCUUCUCCUUCACUGGAGCAUCCAAGACGGCCGAGAGUUCGUCGGCCACGAGCGGGUGGAAGUGCGCGUGCUGCGAGGGCGACAACUCCGAAUCGGCAACGACCUGCUCCACCUGCAUGGUGCCCCGUCCCGCCGCGGCGCCCAAGACAGCGGCAGGAACCGACACGACGCGACCUGCCGUGACAUCUUCCACUCCAAAGACCCUCGAGUGCGAGACGCCGGAGAAGACAGAGACAGCCAACAAGCCCGCAGCAUUCUCCUUCGGUCCUGCCCCGCCGGGCGGCUUCGCGUUUGGCGGGCCUACAGGUAGAGCCACCAGCAGCUUCUCACUUGGAGCGGCCACCGCCGACGCCUCGAGCAAGGAAGCCAGCACCUCCGGAUUUUCGUUCGGACCCUCGGCAGGAGGCUUCUCCUUUGGCGGCUCACCGGCCUCCGCGAGCUCCUUAACCACCGGACAAGCUGCUGGAUGGAAGUGCGCGUGCUGCGAGGGCGACAACUCCGAAUCGGCGACGACCUGCUCCACCUGCAUGGUGCCCCGCCCGUCAACCACUGCUGCAGAUCCUGAAGCAGCCAAGUCGACACCUUCGCCCGAUGUCAGCUCCUCGGAGCCUGCCAAGCCUUCCAGUCUGCCCACUACCACUGCCGGAGCUUUCUCCUUCGGAGGCGCCCCCUCCUCUGGAGGCUUCUCGUUCGCAUCCGCUCCCUCGGCAACGGCGACAACAGAAAGCGCCAAGCCCGCCGACACCAAGUCGAGCCCGUUCAGCUUCGGCCCCGCCACGACCGCUCCCACGCCAGGGUUCGCUUUCGGCGGCAGCGCAGAGACUGAUGCUCCAAGCACCGCGGACAAGUCUGGCUUCUCGCUUGCGGCAGCUGCCCCCGAUGCUGGCGACAAACCAGCGGACACUGCCACGCCAAGCUCCACCGGAUUCUCCUUCGGCGUACCAGCGACAGGGGCGGGACGCUUCGAUUUCGUGUCAGCCAAGAAGACCACCGGAUGGGAAUGCGCCUGCUGCACGGAAAUCAACGACGAGUCUGCGACGGCCUGCUCAACGUGCAUGGUACCUCGACCUUCGGCUGUCAAGCCAGCAACCGACGCCCAAGCGAAGGACGCCGCCAGCGCUGCCGCCGAGCUGUCACCCGAAGCCUCAAGCCCGGUCCAAGAUGACAAGCCGCAACUCCCCACCGCCGAGGAAGCAGAGAAAACAACCGAUGUCGAGCCUGCGCUGCAAGCACCGCAAGAACCCGCCGCAUCGGAAGCCUCGCGCGAUGGUGAUGCGGCAACGAUGCCGACCUUCUCCCUUCCGACGCCUUCCGCUUCUCGUCCUGUGAAUCUCUUCUCCGUCUCCUCUGCGGCGCCUGCUUCAUUCGCUUCGUUCAGCUCCUCCGCGAGCGCCCUUCCUUCCUUCUCCUUCUCUUCGGCGAGCACGAGCACGACUACGCCCGCUCCCGCUUCCUCGGAAGCAUCGCCCUUCUCCCUUGCCUCCUCCCUCGGCGAGAGUCUAGAGGCAGCACCGUCCGGACCGCGGCCCUCGCACGACUCGGACGAAGAUACGGACCAGGACGAGGGCAGUGGUUCCGAAAGCGAUGAGGAUGAAUCUGAGUCCGACAGUGAGAUCCCUCGCCCUCGACGGGCCGUGAAUCCUGCCCCCUCAUCAUCGACGACCGCCUCGACCGUCGCACCCUUCUCCUUCGCGCCGUCAUCCUUUGCUCUGCCGUCUUCGACGCCAUCAUCGGGAGGCUUGUUUGCAGGUGGAACUGCCGGCGCGCUCACGAGCUCAAGCUUCCUCUCGGCGACGGCUGGGUCCAAGACCGGGUUCGGGACCGCCUUCGGUCAGACUUCCUCGCUCGGUGCGGCCUUUGGCCAGACGUCGCCCCUCGGUGGUGCUUCCAAGCGUGACCAAAAGCCGGGAGCAGGGCUGGAUACGAGUGGUGGCUUCCCCUCUGCGUUCUCCUUCUCCGGCAAGCCCGCUCUCUCCUUCUCCGCCAUUGCGGGCGAAGAUAAGGUUCCUGCGUCGGCCGACACCGAGAAGGCUUCUGAGAAGCACGAGGAGGCGCCAGCGACCUCGAGCUCGGCUUCGUCGUCGGGGUUGUUUUCGACCUCAUCACCCUCUUCCGCGAGUGGCUUGCCAGCCUUCCCCUCGCUACCCAGUCCCUUCGCGACGGGUACCUCGGCCACCGCCACCACCUCCCUCUUUGGCGCCACUACGUCAACCUCCGCGCCCGCCACUACCGCUCCUUUGUUUGGAGCCACGUCGACCUUCGCGCCUGCUGCCACCGCUCCUCUGUUCGGCGUCACAUCGACCUCCGCGCCUGCUACCACCGCUCCUCUGUUCGGCGCCACGUCGACCUCCGCGCCUGCUGCCACCACUCCUCUGUUUGGAGCCACGUCGACCAUCGCGCCUGCUGCCACCGCUCCUCUGUUCGGCGCCACAUCGACCUCCGCGCCUGCAGCUGCCCCGUCGGGGCAGAAGCGCACUGUAGACGAUGCACCGCCGCUGUCAUCUGCCUCGCCCUUCUCCUUCACCAGCUCCGGACAGUCCGCCGCCCCUGCGGGAACCGAACGGAAGCCCGCGUCGGCAUUCUCGUUCCUUUCGGGCUCCUCGGCGGCGAGCCCCUCGUCUGCCUCGAGCAUGUUUGCCUUUGCUCCUGCGACUUCGAACACGUCCGGCGUCGCGGCGGCCGAGCCUCUCACCAAGGACAGUGGCUCGGGUACGACUCAGGAAAAGCCACAGGGCGAUGAUUCCGCCGCGGUGCAGCCCCCCAAGUUCUCGUUCUUGACCACCUCCGACAAGCCCAACACGCCGCCAAGCCAAGGGGGCGACUCUACCAGUGGUGUACCCUCAUCGCCAGCCGGUCUUUUCGGUACUCUCUCUCUCUCUCUCUCGACACGAUCGCACCUCACCGUCUCCUUAUCGACACCAACAGGCGGGCCGUCUCAGUUUACGUUCGGCAACGUGCUCGGCGGUAACGCGAGUGACGCGCCCAACGCAGCGAAGGACGACGAGGACGACGACGAAGAAGAGGGCGAGGACCGAGAGUACGAUGACGAAGACGACGAGGAGGAUGACGAUGAUGAGGAAGGCGAGGAAGGUGAGGAAGAUGAGGAAGACGAGGAAGACGAGGAAGACGAAGAAGAUGAUGAUGAAGAGGACGAGGACGAUGAAGAGGACGAGGGUCCCUCUAGAAUCGAGCGUACUGGAAGCGCUAAGCACAGCAGGACAUCACGCAACUCCUAUCGCCGGAAUGACGACGAUGACGACGACGACGUGCCCGCCUCGUCCUCGUACACGACCGAGGCCUCCUCCUUCUCCUUCAGCACGCCCUUUGUCGCGCCCACCCCGUCCGAGACCGCGCCGGCCUUCAGCUCCUCCUUCUCCUCCUCCUUCUCCUCCUCCUCCUCCGCCGGCACCUCUUCCUUUGCCUCUGCCUUCAAUCCGGGAUCCUCCUCCUUCAACCCGGGCUCCUCCUCCUCCUCUCUUCGACUUCGGCCUUCUCUUUCGCGCCCGCAGCCUCUUCGGCCUUCUCGUCGUCGUUCGACCCCUCGGCGGCCUCGGCACCGUCGCCGUUCUCCCUGGGCGGCAGCGACCCGGCGAGCGGCGAUGCCGGCGGCGGAUUCUCUCUCGGCAGCGCCUCCUCCUCCUCCUCCGCGCCUGCAGGCGGCCGUCGCCUGA